UAGCGCUAUUAGUGGAAUAUUUCACUGAAGCCUUGAUUGCUCUUAACAACUUUCAAUUUUAAACUUGUAGAUGGACAUCAAUAUUUAUUGACACGUAUAACGCGAAGAAUUUACUCGUAUUUUCUAUUUCAAGGGAUAGUGCAAUGACAGUGUAUUAUUACGGACCCACGGGUGUUGCUUAUAUUAUUAACGUUUUCUUAUUCAUCGCUACGGCACUAACGAUUCUGUAUCAUAAUAAAUAUACUGCCAAUCAGCUGAGAGAUUCGGAGAGCCGAUUCUAUAAUAACCACAAGCGCAAGUUUACUAUGUACCUGAAACUGUUUGUUGUGAUGGGACUAAGUUGGAGUAUGGGUAUAAUAUUGUGGUUGAUCAAUGCCAGCAAUACUAUAUCAGGAAUGAUUUGGAGUAUCAGCUUUACGAUAGAUAUCUUGCAAGGCGUCUUCAUUUUCAUUCUAUACGUGUGCAAAAAGAAGAUCUUGCGGUUAUUGCUAAAACGAUUUGGUUGGCAGUCUCGCAGUUCAUUUUUAAGCACUGUUUUAUCGAGCAACCAGUCUAGAACGUUCUCAAAUACGUCCCAUCUCUCAUCGCUAUCGGAAUCAGUGCAUAUGCAAAAUAUCAAUUUUUCGGUUAAACAAAAGUCUAAUCAUCAUGCAAAUUUUAAUGUAAAAUAAAGGAACAAUUCUAUUAUCGCUAAAUCAGUACAACAAUAAGUGUAUUAUUAAAAAAUAUAUGUCCUAUUGUGACAAUUGUUCUAA